GCCUUAGUCUCCUCGUCGUUAAAACGAGAGAAACCAUCAGAGCAGAAGAGAAGAGAGAACAGAGAAACAAGGGAGAGAGAUAGGCUUCGCUCGACUAUUUCUUCAAUCUCUGGACGAAGAAGUUGGUCUGAGCCUUUAUCAUCGUUGUUAUUUCGGGUAUGGGCACUGAAACUGUUUCGAAACCUGUGAUGGAUAAUGGGUGUGAAGACAGUGAUGAUGACAAGGCUGUAGUGUUCAAGAGGAGAAGUACUGUUGCUUCUAAUUCGAAUCAAUCUAAAUCCAAUCCCCAGAGAAGCAAGGCAGUCCCUACCACAAAGGAAUCACCUAUGAGAUCCCCUGUGACUAGCCCAAAUGGAACCACUCCUUCGAAUAGAACUUCUACAGUGAAAUCCUCUGUGCCAUCAUCUUCUGCUAAGGCUUCACCAGCAAAGUCACCAUUGCGGAAUGAUACGCUCUCUACCGUUAAGGAUAGGAGCCAGUUACAUAAAGAUCAGUCUAAAUGUAAAAUUGAACAUGAGGAUUCUGAGGAUGAUAGACCAUUAAGUUCCAUACUAUCUGGAAAUUCCAAUCGGCAAAAUAAAGGGCCAACCUCUUCGCGGCAGGUGUCUUCACCGCAGCCAGAAAAAAAGAAUAAUGGUGAUCGACCUCUUGAUAGAGCAAACCGAAUCAUAAAAGAUGAGUCAGAUGAUGAAACUCCAAUCUCGUUAAUGUUUCGGAAAAAGAUUGAUAGUGGGAUGUCAGGGGGCAAACAGAUCUCCAAUGAUGAAAAUAAACCUUUGGCUAAAAAGUUGCAUCAGAAUGGUUCCGCACUUAAAAAUGAAGUACCGAACUGUAAGGUAUUAGGUAAGAGACCCGUGGAGAAGAAUAGUUCUGCAGAUCAAUCUUCCUUGAAGAAGGUCAAGCUAUCAGCUUCACCUACUUCAGUGAAAAUGAAACAAGAUUCUGUCAAAAAAGAGUCAGAUGAUAAGGGAAGGGUUUUGGGUUCCCCAAAACCAUUGAAAGCUAAAAAGUUAUCUACCAGAGAAGAUGGAACUGAUGAUGAUGAUGAUGUUCCGAUAUCCAAGAGAUUCAAAUCAGAUUCCUCCAACAGUAAAACAUCAUCUGCAAAACCUAAGGCAGUAAAACAAAACUCUACUUCAUCAGCUGCAAAGCCAAAAGUGACAAAUGUCGUUUCUCCUCGGUCCAGAACAACGAACAAAAACUCUAAGAAAGUAACAAAGGACUCAAAAUAUUCCGCGUCUUCGAAAUCGUCACCUUCAUCUGGAGAUGGGCAGAAGAAAUGGACUACCUUGGUGCACAACGGUGUAAUAUUUCCACCACCUUACAAGCCUCACGGCAUUAAGAUUUUGUACAAGGGGAAGCCUGUUGACCUAACUACUGAACAAGAAGAGGUUGCGACUAUGUUUGCAGUAAUGAGAGAGACGGAUUAUUAUAAUAAACCUCAAUUUAGGGAGAAUUUCUGGAAUGACUGGCGAGCACUGCUUGGCAGGAAACAUGUGAUACAGAAGUUGGAUGAUUGUGACUUUACUCCCAUAUAUGAGUGGCAUUUGGAAGAGAAAGAGAAGAAGAAACAAAUGAGCACAGAGGAGAAAAAAGCUUUGAAAGAGGAGAAACUGAAGCAAGAGGAGAAAUAUAUGUGGGCUGUUGUUGAUGGUGUCAAAGAGAAGAUUGGUAAUUUCAGAGUUGAACCGCCUGGGCUUUUCAGAGGCCGUGGAGAACAUCCCAAGAUGGGAAAACUAAAGAAGCGUAUCCGUCCAUGCGAGAUCACCUUAAAUAUCGGGAAAGGUGCUCCUAUUCCAGAAUGUCCAAUCGCUGGUGAAAGAUGGAAAGAAGUAAAGCAUGAUAACACAGUUACCUGGCUAGCUUUCUGGGUUGAUCCUAUUAACCAGAAAGAAUUCAAGUAUGUAUUUUUGGCACCUAGCAGUGCUAUGAAAGGGCUGAGCGACAAAGAGAAGUACGAGAAAGCUAGGAAUCUUACGGACCAUAUAGAUAAUAUAAGGACAACAUACACCAAGAAUUUUACCGCCAAGGAUGUUACAACGAAGCAAAUUGCUGUGGCGACAUAUCUCAUUGAUAAAUUGGCGCUUAGGGCUGGAAAUGAGAAGGAUGAUGAUGAGGCCGACACUGUUGGUUGUUGUACUUUAAAAGUUGGAAAUGUGGAGUGUAUUCCUCCAAAUAAAAUAAAGUUUGACUUUCUUGGUAAGGAUUCAAUCCAGUAUGUGAACACAGUUGAGGUUGAGCCUCUUGUUUACAAGGCCAUUGGACAGUUCCAGGCGGGAAAAUCCAAAACAGAUGAUCUUUUUGAUGAGUUGGACACAAGUAAACUGAAUGCUCAUCUGAAGGAACUUGUGCCUGGUCUCACAGCCAAAGUAUUCCGUACAUAUAAUGCUUCCAUCACUUUGGAUGAAAUGCUGAGUCAAGAAACCAAAGAUGGCGAUUUAAAUCAGAAAAUAGUAGUUUAUCAGAAAGCAAACAAGGAGGUUGCCAUAAUCUGUAAUCAUCAGCGUACUGUAUCAAAGUCACAUGGUGCGCAAAUUGAAAAAUUGACUGCGAGAAUAGAAGAACUCAAGGAGGGUCUUAAAGAGCUCAAAACUAAUCUUGACUGGGCUAAAAAGGGAAAACCACCAUUGGAAGGUUCUGAUGGAAAGAAGAUUAGAAGCUUAGAACCAAACGCGUGGGAGAAGAAGAUUGCUCAACAGAGUGCUAAGAUCGAGAAAAUGGAACGAGACAUGCAUACAAAAGAGGACUUGAAAACCGUGGCACUAGGCACAUCUAAGAUCAAUUACCUGGAUCCUAGAAUCACGGUUGCAUGGUGCAAACGUCAUGAAGUACCAAUCGAAAAGAUAUUCACCAAGUCUCUUUUGGAGAAAUUUGCGUGGGCAAUGGAUGUAGAACCCGAUUACAGAUUCUCGCACCGGAUGGUAUAGAGAAGCAGUUCUCGGAUGGAGCAAUUAUUGGAGGGCAAAAGAGCUGAAUGAGAUAAGAGCAAAGAGAAAACCGGCCUUUCUUCUAUUCAUCUUCCUCCUUUGUUUAGAACCUUUUACCGUAGUGAGUAAAAAAAAAUUCAAGCUGUUUCAUUAGUGUUAUCCUUUUGUCCUUUUUAACAUUAUUACUAUGACUAAAAUGCUAUGUUAUUUUUCACAUGAUUAAAGAAAUAGAAAAUUGGAAGAAGAACAAAAACACUGUUCCCUAUGUUUUCAUAAGAUGUUUUAGUAAAAA